UAGAGACCCAUGAGACUCAUUUCUCUCUCUCUCUGUCUCAGCACCCAAAAUUCAGAUCAUUAGGGUUUUCAUUCAUCGCGGAUUGAGAUUCAGGUAUACCAUUUUACAUUCUUCCAAACACAUGUUUUUUCUUUUUAUUUUGAAGAAUUGCUAGAAUUUAGUUGAACUGCUCUCAAUUAUAUUUGGGGGUUAGGGUUUAUUAAUUGACCUACCCAUUAACGAGCAAGAUGAAUACAAGGAAAGAUUGUAUUGUAGAUGUCGUUAACGAUCGCAAUAAAUCUCAUUUUAGUCGAAUUGAUGGUCACACUUUGUGCGAAAUACUAGUCCGACUCCCGGUGAAAUCAUUAUUGAAGGCAAAGCGAGUUUGUAAACGUUGGGGUUCUGUAAUUCGAGAUCCAUACUUUGUUGGCUUACACUGCACUCGAUCAAAAAUAGCUUGUCCCAAACUCCUCAUCUAUAUUGAUAGAAGCAUUGGAAGGUUUUUGUUUUCGGUUGACUUGUUAGAAGGCGGAGUGCUCUUAGAUCAGAUGAAACUAGAGCUAUCGUUUGAAGAUGAUCCAGUUCAAAUUCUGAAUCCUGUCAAUGGUUUGGUGUGCUUCAUUAGAUUUAUGGGUAAGGUUCUUAUUUAUAACCCCAGCACCGGAGACAAAACAUCCUGGAUUGAAUCGAGGGUGUGGCUAGAAAAGAAAAGAAGAAAUAGACCAUUUUAUGGAUUUGGAUUUGAUUCCAAAACCAAGGAACACAAAGUGGUUUGCUUAUGGCAUUCAUAUGAUAGUAGAUAUGAAACUGGUGCUAGUGAUGUUUGCGAGGUUUUGACUGUCGGGAAAAAUACAUGGAGACAGAUUCAUGGCCUUCCACCUUACAAGGCCUACGGAGAAUCUGUUUAUGUGAAUGGUGUCGUCUAUUGGCUGAGUACUUACAACCAUUUCGAUUCGUCAAGGUCUGCUGAUGCUAAAUCCAUAGUAGCAUUUGAUAUUGGAAGAGAGAAAUUUAGAGUGAUACUCACCCCUGAUUUCAUUGCUGAUUGUCGCAAGAGUUCCUUUAGGAUGAGCAAUAAUUCUCAUGAUUUACUGGUAAUUCAUGGAUGCGUCGGUCUGCUAGAUAGAAGACUUAUAGUUGAUGGAGAUAACAAAAAUGUGAUUAAGAUGUGGAUAUUUCAUGAUGACCACCAAGAGAAGAGUUUCACUGCUUCUAAUUGGACUGAAGAAACAAUUUCAAUCCCUCUGGAAUGGGAACAAAAGUUGAUUCGUUGUUAUCCAAAAACGUGCUCAGAACUUUUGUUUCAAGCCAUUACCGGUACCAACCUUAUCAUUAUGAUGCCUGAACAGUAUGGACAACGAGGAGGUGUCUUCUCUCUUUAUUGUUAUGAUAGGAAAAAGAAAACAUUGAAUUUUGUUGAAAUCUGUACCGUUAGGAACGGCAAGGGCUACCUCAUAAAUGAACCUGUUUAUCGUAUUUAUUGUGGAACUUUUGUCGAAAGCCUUUAUCCCGUGCAGCAGUAGAAGGGAAAGGAUCGAGGAGAUGAAGAAACAGAUUGCAUCUCAGUGACCAGAAAUGCAAACAGGUUAUUAUUCUACUAAUAUGUUUGGAAGAUCUUGGUCUUUUUGAUUUUCAUAUCAAUUAAGUACUGUUUCUUGAUCUUCGCCCUAUCAAUAUUAGUUUCUUUUUUUUCUUGACUACAUGAAACAAUUGAAAUUUGAUGUUUGGUACUGUUUUUUAAUGGUUUAGUUAUUAUUAGUAGCAGUAAGAUUGCACACUAUUUGAUUCUCUUAUGAUUAGAAUUUAGAAAAGUGGCUAUGAAGUUUAAUUUUACUCCCCCAAGUUCAG